UGUUAUUACUUUUUUGUUAUUCAUAGUGAUUAGUUAAUUAUCCGUUUGAUUGUUAACUCAUUUAACCAGCAAAAUGAUUAAAUUAACAAUUUUCUGUCUUGUUACUUUGUGUGUCUCAUUUACAUAUGGUGACAUCGGAACAUGGCCUCAAAUUUAAGUCAAUGUGGAAAAUUAAAAAAUGAUAUUAUGUCCAAAAUCGAGAGUGUCCAAGCCGAUGGAACUCAAGCAGCUUGUGCUAUAAAAAAAGCAGCUGAAAUUGUCAUGGAUGCGAUAAAGGGAACCGAAUUAGAGAAGAACUGUGCAGAUGAUUGUAAGAAGAUGAUGGACAUGAUGAAAGAGGAUGAAGAAAAAGCUAAGGCCAUUUUUACCGAAGUCAAAGAUAAACUCAUCAUGAAGGAAUGGCAAGAAAAGAUGAAACAGAAACACGAAGAGAUGAAAGGCCAAAAUCCCGAACGAUCUAAAUCGUACGAGGAAGAAGGUACAAAGUGUAAAAAUUGUGGAAUGAAAAACAUGCAGGCCGCUGAAAAGAAGUGCAAAGAAAUGAACGCCGACGAACUGGUCAAUUCCGUCAAAUCUUCUUGUAGUUUGUAAUCAACUGAUCGACAAUCGAGACAAUUAAGUGUCCAUUCGAAUAUAUUUUUAUAUAUUGCCAAAUAAUCAAUUGAUUGUUUACCAAUAUUGAGAAAAUCAUUGAAUUAAUAUUGGAGAAACAAUUUUUUUGAUCUAAUUUAUAAUGUGACUUUCAGCUUGAAAUUGUUUCAAUUAAUUGUUCAUUAUAGCUGAUUAAGUGAUUCUCUGUUGAUUGGUAAUUGAUUUAAUUGUCCAUUAAAGUUUCCGUUUAAAUCUGCAUAAAAAAACAAAA